GCGUAUGAUACUGCUUUUCCUAAUAUUGAUUCAUGUGGCGGCUGCCUUCUUUGAUUGGUGGAGACGUUCGUGUACCGAAGGGAAAAUAUUGGACGAUGAAAAGCAGCGGUGGCAUCUCGUGCUCCACAUUCAAAUCAAUUUGGUUGGAGAAAAUCCAUAUUUCCUAAGUGAGCAUUCGGUCGGACCUACAAGGCCAGGUAAAGGAGUGCUGAUGGGUCAUCGGCAAAGGGCUUUUCCUCACACAAAGGCGCAAGACGACUCAGCGGGCAUCCUGGCCACAGGCAAAUCUGCCCGCCUUGCAUCAUCCGCUAGUCUGUUGCCACUUGGCACUUCGCAGAACGUUACUUCUCCAGAAGGGAAAGGAUUUGGCAACCGAAUGCUGUUAAUCUGGACAGAAGGAGAGACAUUUACCACACAGAAGGCACCAGCGCUAACUAGGCCGGCUUAAAGCGGUCGUGACGUCUAUCAUGGCAAUCAAGAUCUUAGUGAGCUGCCUGGUCUUCCUGUGCUGCUUCGCUGAUGGCUGGACAAGAUGUAGCAGGUCGAGACCACAUAAAGCAUGUGGCCGAAGCAUGACAUCCAACCGUGGCACCUUCAAAUCACCGGGAUUCCCUCGCCCCUAUCUCUCCGCUGAUACACUUGAAGACAGAGUCUGUACCUGGUUGAUCACCCUUCCCUCCGGCAAAGGCAUCAAGUUGCUGUUGUACGGUUACGACUUCGCCUUCGAGAGGCUUACAUACAGAACGCACAUGGACGAACUGCAGGUCUUUAGGGAUGAAAUGUGUGGAGAGGAGAGCCGUAUAAGGCAAUAUCAAGGCAACGAUACGGAAUACGACAUCAUUCACAUCCCCAGUAAUACAGCCUGUAUAAGGUUUUUUAGAAGGACUACACAAAAUCACAGCCAUACGGGAUUUUCUAUGUCAUAUGAAGCUGUGGAUGACAAUGGGGAGUGUGGAACCAACGGUUCUUCUAUCUCUUCUAUCUCGUCACAAGAAGGAUACAUACGCAGCCCAGGAUACCCUGCGGCCAGCUACCCACAGCACAUCAACUGCACGUGGGUUGUUCAAGUCUCACCGUCACAAACCGUUCAGGUGGAGUUCUUGGACUUUCAGUUGAGCUACAUUUACAGUUGUGACUUCGCGCCUGACUUUGUGCAAAUAGGCAGCUCCAACAGGACUUACGAGUUGAAAUAUUGUGACCAGGAUACACCAUCUAUCUUCACAAGUAAAAAGAACAUGGUAUGGCUUUUCUUUAAGACUGGGCGCUGGAGGAAUAGAGGAUUCCUGGUGUAUUAUAAAGCAAUUGGAGGGUCGCCACGUCCCGACAUCUCUGGCGCUGACUACUGGACUAGCUGGCCUCGAUCCGACUGGAGGUAUUUCGAAGAAACUAGGUGGUCCUCGACACGUGGAUUCAGGGAGAAUUCAGGACCAAUCGACGCCUUUGCUGUUUCAAGAUGCAGCAGUACUUCACUGCAGUCGACCGUAUACCUUAUCCUGGCCAUCCUGUCAUCCCUGACUCUGAUUCCUGGGAGCCUCCUCUGCUGGACUACUUUCUUGGACAGUAAUCGAUGACACGUCUGGAGACGAUUGAUACCCAGCUGUGAAGGUCCUCGCGACGGGGAGCCAAUUACCCCGGAUGUACGACACCGUGGCAAAGUGUUAACGAAUAAAACUCACACAGUCAAGGUCAUUCACGUGAGAAAAACAUAAUCGGACUUUUCUGAUUCCAACUUGGUCAUGUAACAGCGUGUUUAACGAUUGAGAGAGUUGCUUCGAUACGACAGGUGUGAUAGGCGUGGUGGAGGGGUGCAACGCUAAAGGACGGUACAACUAAGAUGUAUCAAGAGUGACUGAUUUUUGAAUUUUUCACUUAAGUGGCAUUCAUCAAGUAGUAUUCGCUGACUAAAAUGCUGUUAUAUAUAAUGCUGUAUAUGUUUCAUUUUAAGUCACUUUCUACACCAAACACUA